GUUAUAUUCUCUCAUUCAGCAGAGAGGAGGAGGAGGAGGAGGAGAAGAAGAAGAAUGAACAGUCAUUCCUUUGAACAUUAAAGCUGCGUAGUUUACAUAGCUUCCCUUAGUGCUGUUCAAUUCCUCAAACUUUUGAUUCAUCAAAACAUCUCAUUCUCCAAAAAAAAACGAGCUUUUCAGACAGAAUGGCGAUUUCUAUCACAGCAGCUUUGAGCCUGCUGCUGGCUUUGACAAGUAUACAACUCAAUGAUCUAACGGAGGCAUGCACUUGCAUGCCAAACCAUCCCCAGGACGCUUUCUGCAACUCUGACAUAGUGAUCCGGGCAAAAGUGGUUGGGAAGAAACUGCUGAAGGAUGGACCUUUUGGUACAAUGCGCUACACCAUCAAACAGAUGAAGAUGUACCGUGGUUUCAACAAAACGCACCAUGUUCAGUAUAUCUAUACGGAAGCUGCAGAGAGUCUGUGUGGUGUCCGGCUUCAGGUGAACAAGUUCCAGUAUCUCAUCACAGGAAGAGUUUAUGAUGGGAAAGUCUACACUGGAGUGUGUAAUUUCAUUGUGCCAUGGGAGAGAUUGACCCUGUCACAACGCAAGGGUCUUAAUCAUCGUUACCAGCACGGUUGUAAUUGCAAGAUCAAACCUUGUUAUUACCUGCCAUGUUUUGUGACAGCAAAGAAUGAGUGCCUGUGGACCGAUAUGUUGUCUGACCAGGGAUACAUGGGGCACCAAGCUAAGCACUAUGUAUGCAUCCGGCAAAAGGAAGGUUACUGCAGUUGGUACAGAGGUGCAGCACCCCCAGACAAAACCAGGAUCAAUGCCACAGACCCCUGAAAGGGAAUGUCCUCUGUAAACAUGCUGGCUAGCAAGGACGGCCAUCUUGUGUGACACAGCCAUGAUGUAAUGCCUGUCUAUUCCCAGCAUUAGCACAUCCAACACAGACUUCUAAGCCAUUUUCCUGUUUUCUCAGAAUUAUUCUUAGUUUGUCCAAUGCAUGGACCAUUUGUCUCCAUACCAAUCAAUCUUGCUUCAGACAUGCUCCUUGCAGCAAAAAAAUAUAUCAAUGAGCUUUAGGUAUAUUUUACUAUCAGUGUCCUGUGCCAUAUGCAAAUGCUACUGCCCUUUAUAAAUGUGGCACACAGGUGGCUCAAAGGUUUCAGGCAAAGCUACUUUUUUGAUUUUUUUUUCUCUAGAGAAGAUGUUCAAAUUCCAACGUUAUUUGGUGUUAAAGAGAUCACUUAUUUGGCAUUAGAAUGCCUUUUUAAAAUACAUAAUGGAAUUUAAAAUACAUAACCGAACAGUGCUGUGAGGAAAAUAAAAACCCUAUAAUCUGUCUGGUGUAUGUCUGAAAGGCGAUUUUCUCUAUAUGCUUGAAAUCAUUUGAGUUUUAGAAAAAUUGCACUACACCCCUGUUUAUGAUCUGGAGAGUCAGUCUCAGCAUCACUAAGCCCUUUGGAGAGAGACUGACUUGCUGCAUUUAUGUAACUGACAAAAGCUCCACUGUAUAAACAGCAGAAAGCCACCUCCAGAUUUUUGCUUUCUCUACUGCCAGUGGGAUAAAGGAACAUCAAUAUUGUCAUUGGCUUGCUUACACUGUGGCGAGCAGGCAAAAGGAGGAGAUCUGCUCUCCUGCCAGUGGAUCUAAGUACCUUUUAGAGAAAAGUUGAGGUGCCAUGCAAUAAAAGGUACUAGUUUCCUAUUUGUUUUGAAGAAAAGGGUGCAAUUGUAGAAACCUGAUGCUCAAACUAUUGGCUAAGAUUUCAAUCCUAUAUAAUAAAAUUGUAUAAGACUUUAUAAUGGCAUUCUCUUCUCACAUUCCACUUGAUACUGGGUAGAAUUUCAGUGGAAAAUCUUUGAAGACCUACCACUGCUUCUCCAUCCAAUUUCUGAUGCCCAUCACCCAGACCACCAGUGCCACCACCUCUUUUCUCCUCGAUGCAUUUAAUUGCCAACAGGAAAGUGGGGUCCAAUGUCCCAAAGAAUUUCCUGUCUUUCCACAGAACCUUUCUCGGGUCAUCAUGUUGUAGAAUGCAGUGUAUAUCCACCAAGAGAGCAAAGAUGUUUGAAAAACAAAAUUGACAACCAACCUGCAUUGAUAUGAAAUCUUUAAUGUAACAUUCCCUAACUGCUUCAGCAGCAAAAGAAACAAAAUAAGGGCUAUGAUAAAUGCAAUGUGCAAAAUCACAACUUUUAAAACUUACUGGAGCUGUUACAUAAUGAUAAAGCCCCUAUGCUCACAAAGAAUGUUCUGUGCCUGAGACAAAAAGGAGCAUCUUUUUCUCAUCUGUUGAACAUUUCUACUGAACUAUUUGUACCACCAGUUAGAAAGUACAGCAGUACCAUCUGAUGUGAGUAAACUAGGAUGCUAUAACUGUUUUGUGUCAUACAAUAUAAAUAACUGUUAUCUGGCUUUGCAGAACCACAACCACAACCACCACCCCCACCCCACCCCACCCCACCCCACCAUCCCCCCACCCCCCACCACCCCCCCACCACCGACACACACACACACACACACACAACCACUUUACCACUGAUUAUUAAAUCCCAGACUGCUUCUUAUAUUUUACAUUGGUGACAACAUCAAUCAAUGGACAUUCUGAAAGAAAUCAUCUAUAAAUUUGGAGCAUGAAUAAAACAUGUACCUAUAUAUAACUCUUUUCAAAAAUGUACUGAUUACUGACAUAAGCUAUAUUUUAUACAGUACACUUCUGUAUGAGUGGGCAUUUCAUUCUUAUGAAUAUAUAUAAUUGCAUUGAAAGUAUUGUCAUAUGUGGAUAAUGUGCUUUUCAAAGCUGGAUAAGUAACAGACAGAAUAUUGGUGGGGAACAAGGUAAUUAAAAGCUCUUUUUAAAGAUUGUUUCAUUUGAUUUAUCUUUGUAAAAUUAGUUGAUUUCCGUGAGUUUGCCUGGUUUAUGUAAAUAUCCGUGCACAUGUCUACCUACAGUAUAGAUAGAGUGGGUUGUUUGUGUGUGUGUUUGUGUGUAUCUGUGAGUCUAUGAAUCUAUCUGCCCAAUAACAGCAUGAUUUAAUGGCUGAAGGAACUUCGAAAGAGGGAGAAACCAAUUAAAUGAAAUAAACCUUUCUUGGAGGAAUGGACUUAUCCUGAAAUUUACAUUGUUUGCAGAUUUUUGUGCAGUAUUUGUGCAUUUUAUAUUUCAUGAAUGUAAGUUCUUUAAAAAAAAAACUUUCCAAUGUCACUUUUACAGUGUCUUCUAAACAGUAAAAAUACUAUUAUUUCUAUCACAGUAA